AACACGCUUAUCUCUCGGGACACACGCUCAAACGACCAACUCAACGCUUGAAAACUCUGAAAACACGAAUCCUCCUCCAAUCUCCAUCAAAAACAAAAUGAGUCAUGCACAACCAGAAAAAACAAUGAGUCAUGCACAACCAGAAAAGGACACCAAAUACGGCGUCGUUUUGGAGCCGGCUGUUCCAACCGGACUCGGUUCAGCGGCCAUAGAUGGUGACCCGAUAACCAUCGGAGAAACCCUGGAGGCGGUGGCUGUAUCUGUCGGCAAUAAAGCGGUGGACCAAAACGACGCUGAUGCAAUCGCCGCAGCUGAGAUUAGGGCCACCGGAGAGACCACCGUGAGGUCCGGCGGCGUCGGCGAAACGGCACAAGCCGCCGCCACUCUCAACAGUCAGGUCAUGCGACCCCAAGACAAGACCAAACUUUCCGACAUCUUAACUGGUGCGACCGAUAAGUUAUCGGUGGACAAGGCGGUGACAAAAGAAGAUGCUGAGGCGGUGCAUGUUGCGGCAGAAAUGGUCGCUGAACCCGGCGGAGUGGCGGCAUCCAUGACAACCGCAGCUAAUCUAAAUCAACUAAAGUGAGGAGUGCUAGCUAGCUAAUACUUUUUCUCAAGGAUCAAUUUUAAUUACAGUUUUAUGAGUGUGGUGUGGUUGGUGUUGUGGUUUUUUUUUUUAAAUUGAAGAUUUAUUUUGAUAAUAUAUAUUUAUGUUUAAUGUAAAUUUAAUUAAUUUAAGGAAUAUAUUUUAAGACUUUAAAGAAAAAGUAAUAGUUGGUGAGCACCAACUUAUGUAUGAAAUUGUACUGAAGUGUUUUUUAA